GUGACGCUAUGCGGAAAUGGAACAGGCAGGGAGGAAGGUCCUGGCUUAGGAGCAGGGAGCUUCCUGUUUGGCAAAGUAAGCAAUGACUUCUGGGUAACCUGUGGGGUUGAGUCCUUGCUGCCCCUUGGCUGGCCGUGGAUACACCUGCUGUGGGUACAGUUGGUACAUGUAACUAUGCAUCAUGUGCAGGAGGUGUGUGCUGGGAGAGCAGCAGCUGCAGAUGAGCUGAGGGCUGCUACUGGGACAAUGCAGUGCAGAAAGAAUGUGCCAAAUACAAGUCAUUUUAGGACCAUUGCUCCAAAAAUUGCACCUAAGGUCGUAAAUGCGUGCACACCAUCUUCUUAUCGACCGCCCCAACCUGAUAUAGCAGUAUCGGGUAUUAGCACGAAGCCUGUAGUAAUGCCAACACAAAAUUAUACUUUGAUGAAAGUAGCAGGCCAGGAUGGAACAUUUUCACUCUUUGCAUUACCACAGGUUACCCAACCAAUGGGUACACAGGUGAUUCAAACCACAAAUAUUCCACUGCAAGAAAAUCUCAAAUUGCCAAUUCCAAGAUACCAGUUUUCUCGAAAUAAGACGUUGCUUGGUAAAAAGACAAAGGGGACCUCAUUGAAUAGAUCUACAGAAAAGAAAAUCAUGCAAGUAGAGCACAACGCUCAUUCUGAAAUCAUUCCUAAAUUGUCUGUAGAGGAGGAUAUUAGGGAUGUCGGCAACAUCUUGACACCUGGAACUUUACCAGUGAAGCAAGCUGAUACUAUAAUACAUCAUUCAGUUCCGUAUACUGAAAAAUGUUUGCCAAAAACAUUUUGCUCCAGUAGCCCUAUAAAAUUCAAUGCAGAAGAGAAUACUAGCUUGGUGGAGAAUGGGUCCUUGUUGAGCUAUGAAAGCAAAAAAGUAGCGAAUUCCACUAACUCUCUGGCUGUUCUCUCACAAGUGAUGUUUGGAAGUCCUGUCCGUGUUGUCCCUUCUGUACCAAAAGGAAAACUGGCUAUUUUGCCAUACUCCAAAAUGAAAAAAACAAUUAUAUCCAAGAGCAUCCAAUCCAUAGAAAAGCCUGCUACAGUGGCAGACUUCAGUACCAAGCCACCCAGUCAUGAAACUCUGUCAAGCAAGGUUCCAAAUCACAUUUCUUCAGUGGUGGAUUCUUCCACUCUAGCCAAUCCAUGCCUUUCAGGUACAGGACCUGAUGGCGACCCGUUGAAAAAAUCAAAUGGGGCAGCAGGAAAAAAACGAGGACGAAAGAGGAAAGCUUCCAGCGAAAUUAUGGGCAACCAGAAGAUGAACCUUGUUGGAAGAAAAUUAGUUUUUCAUAAAGAGAAGCUAAAGAUGCAUUCUGUCGAAGCAGAGGACAAAAAAGAGGUAUCGUUUAAGAAAUACCGAUGUAUAAUGCCAAAGCCGGUGAUGGUAGGACAGACCUUAACUACACUUGGUUCUGCUACGCCUGGGUUGCAGUCAUUGACAACAGAUAUUGGUAUUAAAAAUAAAGUGCAUCAGAUAAAGCAGCACAGAACAAAGCCGGGUGAUGGUUUUGUUUCAAAACAAGUUGGUGAUCUUAAAAGCCUGUCUUCAGCAGCAAGGGCGUGCUAUAAAUGUAACAUCUGCGAACACAGUUUUCAGUUCAAGCAUCACUUGCAAGACCACCUAAAUACUCACACCAACAGAAAGCCCUACCAUUGUCGGCUGUGCCGCAAGGCCUAUGUGCAUUCCGGCAGUCUAAGCACACACAUGAAGCUUCAUCACGGAGAGAGUCGUCUCAAAAAGCUGAUGUGUUGUGAAUUCUGUGGCAAGGUGUUUGGACACAUAAAGGUUUAUUUUGGGCAUCUUAAAGAAGUGCAUAGGGUUAUUAUCAGCACCGAAACAUUCGCCAAGCAACUGGAGGCAAAAGAUACGAAUGCCAUGGGGAACCAAGAAGCAUCCCUCAUAGAAAGGGAGAGCUGCUUCUCCAGCGAAGAACAACACUCCAUUAAUGGACAGGCAGGAGAAAUCAAAUUACAGAUCAAAUGUGGUCGCUGCCAUGUCUUUAUGCCUACAUUCUCCGACAUGAAAGAGCAUCUGUUGUUUGAACACGGGGACAAAUUUGAAGAUAGAUCCCAGGAAGGGGUUUUAGAGAGUCGCCAAGGUGCCCAGGAAGAAGUGGUUAAAAAUGCAACACACUACUGGAAGUUACUGAAUGAAAGGCGAAACGUUGUCAAGUGUAGCAGUUGUGGCGAAGAGUUCUUGGGAGCAGGCAAACUGAGAAAGCACACGUGUUUCCCACAUGUAAACCGAACGGAACUUCUUAAACGCAAGUCAUCAAGCCCUAAAGGCAAUCUAGAAGACAGCAGCAAAGAACAACUGUGCUUUAGUGCAUCAGGCGCAGGGGUGCGGCUUUGGCGUGGCGACCACUUGAACUGCAUUUUGUGCCAGCGAGUUUUUGGCGACAAAGAGGAACUACUAACUCACUGGGGGCAAGUACAUAAGUGCGAGGACCCCUUGUUGCUAUGGGCUGUCUUUACUUCAUUGCCUAAAAAAGUUUAGAGAGAUACAAUUGCUGAACGCACUAUUUGGAGUCCCUGUGCAGCCUGUGUUUGUGGUUAAAAAAAAAUAUGCUAUUAUGUAAAAUCUGCUGCACUGUUGUUCUCAUUCACAGUGAAAUGGUUGUCUAGUACAGAUUUUAUAUAUGUUCCAUGGCUACCUAAUGAUAUUUCUGUGAAAUGUCCUAGUUACGUUUAGGGUUUUAUACAAUGGCUAAUCUGUUACCAAAUUCAAAGUCUGUUAAUAGUCCUGUGUUGCAAACUAGAUUCUUGAUAUUUGUGACCUUAUAUAUGCCCCACAGGAUUAUG